CUUCUCUGCCAGAGUGUUACAGAGUGACAAAGGAACCUAACAGUUAUGUGGGCAGUGGCGCUUUCUGUAAUUUGGGUUGCAGUAUCACUGGGAAAGGCUACAAACACCUGUCCAGAAGUGAAGGUUGUGGGAGUUGGAGAAUCAGACAAGUUGUCCAUCAUCAGAGGAUGCCCAGGCAUCCCAGGUUCUCCUGGCCAAAAAGGAGAACAAGGGGAGAAUGGGCGUGUGGGACCAGCCGGGCCUCCGGGGAAGAUGGGACCACCAGGAAUGAAAGGGGCACCUGGUGAAAGCAUAAAAGGAGAAAAAGGAGACAAAGGUGACAGUGGGAGACUUGACUCAUUAUAUGCUGCAAAGAACUGCAAGGAACUCUUGGACCAGGGAGAAAUUCUGACCGACUGGUAUACAAUAUACCCAGAGAAUACUCAGCCAAUGAAGGUGCUGUGUGAUAUGCACACUGAUGGAGGAGGAUGGAUUGUUUUCCAGAGGCGUUGGGAUGGAUCAGUAAAUUUCAACCGUGAUUGGAAUUCCUACAAGACGGGGUUUGGAAACCGCCUGAAUGAGUUCUGGUUGGGGAAUGAAAAUCUUUAUGAACUGACAUCAUCAGGCACAUGGGAACUGCGUAUCGAACUACAAGACUUUGAAAAUGUGAACUAUUUUGUUAUAUACUCUUCCUUCAAACUCUUAGGAGAGGCUGACAAGUACAAAUUAUUGCUUGGAAACCUUAAGGAAGGUAACAUAGGGAAUUCCAUGGAUGUUCAUGUUAACAUGCCGUUCUCCACCUUGGACAAUGACGUGAGUCCAGGCAAAUGUGUUGCAAAGUACAAAGGAGGCUGGUGGUACAACGACUGUCAUCAUGCCAACCUGAAUGGACCGUAUCUGCCGGGACAGCACUCUUCUUACGCUGAUGGUAUCAACUGGGCUUCUGGCAAAGGCUAUCACUACUCCUAUAAACACUCUGAGAUGAAGAUUAGACCUGUUAUGUGAGGCAGUUGGUGACUGUAUCACCCUCACAUUAAAUAGAGAAGCUUUCAUGCACUAACAUAGGGCUAGCUUGUGCCAAGCCACAAACGUCUUUUACCUUCCCACUAAAUUUUAUUGCAGUAGGAAACUUUGGGCGGCUUCGGAAAACGAAGCAUUGUGCACGCCUUCCCACCGGUGAUUUACUUUAUUCCUGGUGGGAAGGUAUUUUGGGGAAAUUAUCACCCAUGGUAGCCAAGAUUUAACGUGAGCAACAAAUCUCCCCGUGGGCCAUGGCCCUUAGGCUAGGACUUACAAUCUUCUCCCUUUGACUACUGGUGAACUCAUUAGUGACUAUAACUGAGGCUGAGUCAAUAGUUAUUAAAGGGGUUGUUCUCCUUAAAACACUUUUACAUUUUAACAGUGGUAUUCUAAAACAAAUUUCAAUUGGUCUUUAACUUUUAAGUUUUUGAAUUGCUUACACUUUUUAUGUGCAGCUGUCAGACUUGCAAUUUUAACAUCUAUCCGGUUGCAAUGGUUUAAUUACCUUAGCAACCAGGCAGCUGAGUGGAGAAAGAAAUGGAAGAGGACGCGAAGAGAAAUAUAUGCAAUACAGGUAUCGUACCCCUUAUCCGGAAACCCGUUAUCCAGAAAGCUCCGAAUUACGGAAAGCCCGUCUCCCAUAGACUCCAUUAUAAGCAAAUAAUUCAGAAUUUUAAAACUGAUUUCCUUUUUUUAUGUAGAAAUAAAACAGAACCUUGUAAUUGAUCUCAACUAAGAUAUAAAUAAUCCUUAUUGGAUGCAAAACAAUCCUAUUGGGUUUAAUUAAUGUUUUAUAAAUUUUUUAGUAGACUUAAGGUGUGGAGAUCUAAAUUAUGGAAAGACCUCUUAUCCGGAAUACCCUUGGUCCAGAGCAUUCUGAUUAAUGGGUCCUAUACCUGUAUAUGUAUGUAUGUAUGUAUAAUGAAAUAGUGAAAGUCACAGUCAACCUGUUUUAGCUGCUGGAGUCAAUGACCCCAACAACCAGGAAGCAUUUUCUGUAGCAGGCCAGGAAGAGGUAGAACAAAAGGGAAAUCAUUUGAAAACCAUAAUAAUAAAGACCAGUUGAAAAGUUGUUUAUGAAAGGUCCAUCCAUAACUUACCAAUAGUUUAUAUAAACACGUUAUUAAACAAGUAACUCACAAUUAAGUCUUUAAUCACUUGUUCUUAUGCACACCCCUCUCAGCUAUGUCUUUAAAAUAUCUAAAACAACAAUGGUGAGAUUUGAUUCCCUUGGGCACCUUGGUUUUAAAUGAAGAAAUAAAGACCGUUUUUUAGCAGAC